ACCAUGGCCGCCUCCAUGGAUUCCGACGAGGAAGACACAUUUGUUACGGUUGGAACGCCUCUAGAACUCAUAGAUGAUGAUGCAGUACCAAAAAGGGCACCAGCUUUACAGGAUCAGACAGUUACAGACAAGAGAGGGCGUCAGCGUUUCCACGGAGCAUUCACAGGAGGGUUCUCAGCCGGCUUCUUCAACACCGUGGGAUCAAAAGAAGGUUUUAUACCAAGUACAUUUGUGUCAUCGAAAUCCCAAAAACCUGAAACAAGUGAUGGCAAAUGUGGACAAAGACCUGAAGAUUUUAUGGAUGAUGAAGAUCUGGGUGAAUUCGGCAUUGCUCCUCAAAAGAUCACAGCCAGUGAUGACUUUGCAAGUCUGAGCACUUUGAGAAAGCGAAAAGCACCAAUAGCAGAGAGGCGUGCUAUCCCUGAUUUGAAUCUAGAAGACCUCAUUCUUCCAUCAAAAGUUCCAAUUGGUAUGCGACUAUUGAAAAAAAUGGGGUGGAAGGAGGGACAGGGUGUUGGACCACGUGUGAAAAAAAAGAAGAAGAAAAGCAAACAAGCAGAUCAAGCUGGGGCGAAAGUUUAUGGCUGUGCAUUUAGACCACUGGAAGAUGAGGAUUCAAGUUCAGAUGACAAUGUCCACCAGGAUGUCACCUUUGCUCCUAAAGAUAUCUCACCUUUCAACUUUGACCCGAAAAAUAAUUUGCAUGGGAUUGGCUACCGUGGUCUUGACCCCAAGGCUGCUUUAUAUGGUCAUGUGACCUUGUUUGAACCACCGGCUGCAGUCUCAAAGUCUGGGAAGAAAGGAAUUACAGGCCAUGCAUUUGGAGUUGGUGCCCUAAAUGAAGAUGAUGACGAUGUUUAUGGUGUACAGAGCAUGAUUGGCUACGAUCGAGAGUUGACAGAUGAAUCAGAUUCAACAUAUGGAUGGACUGCACCAAAGCAUAAACAAGGUUACUCCAACCAGCUUGCUCUCAAAGGCCCAGACUACAUUGGGAAGAUGCUUGCAGGCUUUACACUUGGGUCAAAACCUCUGAAACCAAAGAAAACAUACCCAGCACCUCCACCCCCGAGAGACUUCCGACCCAUUCACGUCUUCAAAAAACCUGUAGAUAUUCUUGGGCUUCCUAUUCCAUCUCCUCCUGAGAUUGCUAAGAAAUAUGGCACCGACUCUGAUGUAAAGAUGGAUGCUAACACGAGAGGGGCCAUCAUAGGAGAAAAGUCAUUAAUUGGUUCAAUAUUUGACUUGGUAUCAAAAGAAGACAAAGAGAAAAUGAAAGCAGCGAAAGAUGGAACAUUUACCCAGCCACUUGACGCAUCCAGCGCCCAAGCCUCAACCAGUCAACCCCAAACAUCUCGCUCGCCUGCACCUUGCUGUCAACCAGACACAGCGCAGAUCAAAUCUAGGGACCUUGAAGGUCCAAGUAAAGGUCAUGAACCUUCAAAGUCGUCAUGGAAGGAGGUCAUAUCACCGUCGACAUCGGGGCAUGCUGGAUUCAAGCCAUUUGCCAGAAAUCCAGAGAAACAAGCAAGAUAUGAGCAGUACUUAGAGGCACAGAAACAUGGGGUGAAAUACGUAAGUGAAUGUGUCCAGCAAACAGAAUGGGAACGGGAGCAUGAGAGAGAGGAAUUUGCCAAGGCAGCCAAGUUAUACAAGCCCCUCUCUAUGAUGAUGGCAAAUAGGUUUACGCGAGGGAAGUUUGACGACAAUGAUGAGACGGUCGAGGUGCCUGCUGAUGAAAAGCUUGCUAAAAGUGACCAGGCAAAAGCUGUCGAAAUGAAGAUGUAUGGAAAGAUGACGCGUGACAUCAUCGAAUGGCAUCCAGACAAACUUCUCUGUCGGCGGUUCAAUGUCGCCAACCCUUAUCCUGAUUCAUCGCAGGUUGGAUCACUCAAAGUUAAGCGCGAUAAGUUCUCAGUGUUCAAUUUUAUGAAUGCACCGAAGCCAAAGGAACAAAGGCAGCACAGUCCUCCCAGAGCAAUUGAGUUCAAAGAAGACCCUCCACCCACUCCUGAUGAUGAGCAGAUGACAACCCGACCUGUUGUUAGUUUUGUGAUCGGCAUGGCCAAGAAGAAAGACAGUGUGGAGAUUACAAAGGAGGAGGCGCUGGGUUCAGCAAAACAGGCCGAAGAUGGGGAUGGUCCUAAAGACAUGGAACUGGAUGAGAAAAAGGUUGAGACAUCAGCUGACGAGAGACCACCGAUGGAUCUAUUCAAGGCCAUCUUCGAUGCGUCUGAAUCUAGCAGUGCAAGCUCAUCAGAAGAGGAGGAAAUUGACAAUAAACUGGAACAAAAAAGUAACUUAAAAAACGAAGCAGACAGCAGUACAUUGCAAGGGCUGCAAACGGAAGGGAAGAAAUUACAUCGCUUUUUACUGCCAUCACAGCGUGAGAAAAGAUCACGAUGGGACCCUGCCCCUGAGGCUGGUGAUUCGACAAUGGACACAAACGACAGAUCAGAAGUUACGUCUCCACCUGUAGAUAGUGGCAAUCUUUCUGAAAAUAUUGAUCAAAUAUCGUCUACCUCUGAAACUGUGAUGGGUAUUUCUCAAACUGUGCUGUUUACAUCUGAAACUGUGUCGUCCUCUAAACUGGAAGAUCGUUUGGGAUUCUGUGAAGGGAUGGAGAAGUCAGAUGAUGAUGAGGGGGUUUUUGGACCUCGGCCAUUAUUUCUUCCAAAAGUCUGUGCUCCUCCUGCAGAAAGUGGGGGGAAGGUCAAGACGGACAAGGAUAAACAUAGGAAAAAGAAACACAAGCACAAGGAUAAACAUAAACAUAAGAAGAAGAAGGACAAGAAGGAGAAAAAGCAGACUAAACACAAGAAGAAGAAGAAACAUAAAGAGCGCUCCAAGCACAAAACCAAAAAGAAGAGAGAAGUGUCUAGCAGCAGUGGAUCUGAGGCUGAUUCUGAAACCAGUGAUAGUGGUGAUGAGGGCGAACCCAGUACAAGAGAUCUCCUCUCAAAAAUUCGGAAUCUUCCUGGGAAGAGAUUAGCCGCGGCUGACUUCAUGUAAUGCACACAUGUAGCUGGAUGACUUAAAAGACUGUAGGCAAACCACUAACAACCCGACAUUACAAUCAUGCUCUAUCACAAGAAACCAUUGCAUCAAUAACACGGAUGGUUGAGCGAUGGAAGCGUUUUUUUGCUGUCAAAAUGAGUGAUCUUGUGAACCUGACUAACCUGUUCUAUUGGAAAUAGUAUUUGCAAUAAUAAAAAUAUGAAUAUUUGUAUAAAU